UCAGCUCUAACCAGGAUGUAUUGUUUGUGUGUUACAGGAGGCACCAGGGACAUUGGUUCAGCUCUAACCAGGAUGUGUAUGAGACACAGAAGCAUCGAGGCCAAGCUCAGAGACUUUUCAAUGGCUUUCAUGGACUGCAUGAUCAACCCUCUACAGGAUCAGAUGGAGGAGUGGAAGAGAGGAACUAACACACUGGAUAAGGACCAUGCUAAAGAGUACAAGAAAGUUCGGAGUGAGAUCAAGAAGAAGUCUUUAGACACUCUGAAGCUACAGAAGAAGGCAAAGAAAGCUGAUGCCCUGG